UUCUGUGUGAGGCUUUGAUCUGUUUUGUCUGUUAGCCUCACUAUUGCUGUCGUAUUGUCGUAACACUGAAUGCUUAUUCUUUUAUUAACUGAUGCCCUUUAUUUGGCAGGACUAUUUAGUUUUGUUGGCCUUAAGUUUCCUGGCAAUGUACAUGGACAAUUUCAACUUGAACCUUUCAGUGGAAGGAACACAGAGACGAUUCAGCAUGUCUCCUCGGUAUAGGCGACCAAUGGGAUAAACAAAUGAUGGACCUGUAUGAGACUGUGAACAAGCCAGGUCAGCUCAACCCAGACACAAUGAAGGUGCUGUCUCUUGAGCCGAGAGCUGACGGCAGGCGUAAGCAUUGCUUUGAUGUUGUGCACCCACUGGCUUUAUUGUCUCUCCAAUGAAUUUUAUGAACAGACCAGAAUUUAUGAAUACACAGCACUGGGCCUGGAUUCACCUGCAGGAUGUAGCCCGUGAUUACCACAGAACAACUCAAAACUACAGUGAUAAAUGGAACACACUGGUGGGUCAGAGCAGAUCUGCCAUCCAAAUGCUGUGUUUUAUCAAAUUCCUGUCAGUGUGGCAGACAGUUGUGGUUAGAAUACAAGGCUUUCGUGUUCCACUAGCCCCCUCAUCUCUCAGGUUUUAUUCUGAUUCUUCAAGCAGCGGACACAUUCCUGCUUUUAUUUAAUUUGAGCAGAGCCUCUAUAGGACUGAACAGAUGCCUGGAAACAGUGAGGGCAAGACCAUAAAAGGUACCAUGUGCCUCAAAUGUACCUCAUUUGAACAAAGCAACAUUGUGGUUUUUUUGCCCACGUUGCAACAAAGAUCCUAUGUGUUCUGGAGGUGCGCUAGCAGAGGCAUCCAGCCAAACAGCCAUUGACAGAGAGGAUAACAGCCUCACCUUCUGAAGGAUCCAGCAUGCAUAGGGGAGAAGGAAGUUCUGCCAUGAAGCUACCUGAAUGGGAUGUGAUCUUCUUAAAGAGAGUGAGCUAUGAUCGUAUGAUACAAUUAGAAGAGAUGCUUGAGACACCAAAGUAGAUGUAUCUUGUAAUGGAGCUGUGUGAGGAUGGAGAACUUAGAAAAAUUCUUUGUAGUAAAGGACACUGUUCAGAAAAUGAGACAAGGCACAUUCUUCAGAGUGUUGCUUCAGCAAUAGCAUGUAUUCACAAAAAUGCAUACUACUUCUGGGACUCUUUCAUUUAUCUUGUUUUCCAUACGGGGUUAUUGAAUGGUGCCUUGUUUCUUCUGUGUACUCAUUGGAAGGGCAAAAAUAUCUACUGGCCUCUGUCCCUCCAUGGCCACAGCAAUGAGGUGUCCCUACCAUCAGUCUGCUGUAGUUGGGCUUUCCAACCUGCUUUAUUCACAGAGAAGGCAGCUGACUUAGGUUUAGCUGUACAACAGACUGGUGGUACUGACAGCAUGUUUCAGUCUAUCCGUGGGACUCCUAUAUAUGGCAUCCUCCUAGAGAAGCUGGCGGCUCAUGGCUUGGACAGAGAGACAGAAGAACUCCAUACUUCUCAACUACUCAAGGAAGUACAACCGUUGCACACCAGCUGUGGACUGCUGGUAAUCACCGCUUGGGUCAGCUCUCCCGAAGUUAUCGGUGCCUAUGACUACAGCCAACAGUGCGACAUUUGGAGCGUAGGUGUCAUUAUGUACAUGCUGUAA